AUGGAGCCCCAACAUCGUGGCGAACGCCCGCCACGACAAGCUCGACCUCGUCAGUCGACCUCUCAGUCGCCGGCGCCGACAUAUCCCGACCCCCAAACUCCACAAUCAUACCAGCAACGAUCCCCAAUAGCUUCUCCACCUCCAGCUGGUGGUGUAACUUUCCGCAACCUCGAAUCUGGAGAUCGUUCGGCACCGUUAGCGCGACCUGCUGUAGGUGCGGUAGGGAAUAAUAGUUUCCUUGGUGUGGAUGCGGAGGCUGGGGUCAUGCGAAAGAAGAGUCUGGUCAGACCGGACAGAGAGAAGAUUGAGCCAGGUCACAGGCAAUGGCACUAUCGAACGCAUGUUGCUCAGCUUGAGGAGGAGGCACCAGGCCGAGUAGGAGUUUUGCCGUCAACAACCGGUAACUACCCACAACGGCAAGCCCUUCGUCGCGGAAGGUCACUGCUGGCUAGAGAGGAAGACGUACAUGAGUCGGGACUAGCUUUGUUCAAACGCGGGGCUACUCUCCGGCGGAAACGCUCCUCCGCAGCUGCUCCCCUCAAUCCCGCCACCCCACCCCCAAAGCAACGCAGCUGUCUAGGCGAUUAUGCACCGGGUCCUAAAGGUCCUUGGAUGCUUUAUUGCUAUUUAAUUACCGCCUGCAUUCCCACCCCACUUAUGCGAACAUGCGGUCUCCGCUCGCCUGAACAACAACGAGCAUGGCGCGAGAAGAUGGGUCUCGUCAGCAUCGUACUAUCGCUUAUGGCCACCGUCGGCUUCGUCACCUUCGGAUUCACUCAAGCCGUUUGUGGCACUCCGCCCAACCGAUUCCAUGGUGGCGCAAUUGGGGACGCGUUCAUCGGCAAAGGCUCAAUUGUCAUCAAUGGUUACGACUACGAUUUUGGGAGCUUUCAUCACCCCAGAGCCGGCAGCACGUUCGAUGGCACAACCAAUCCACUCUUUGUUGGUGAUUGGGGUGUUGCAGGGAACGACGCGAGUUUUUUGUUCCAAAAGACAAAUCAGAACUGCCUCGGAGUCGUCUCAAGACCGAACUCAAGCCAAAUAACGGGUACUGGCGCAGUCAUGGACUGGUACUUCCCUUGCAACGUGUUCAGCCAAUAUGGACAAAAGACUCCGAACACGACAGCCUACGGCGCGAAGACCAACUGCCAUGUCAGCUCAAAGGGUCAACUUGCGAGUAUGCGCCCCCAAGGUCAAGUUUAUUUUACUUGGGAUGAUGUCAAGACUGCAAAUCGCUCUCUGGCAGUUUUCGAAAGUUCUGUGCUUGACCUAUCACUUCUCAAUUGGCUGGACCCGUCCCAAAUUACUGUUCCUCCUCUCUUCAAUGAUCUCAAGUCCAAUGCCGCAUGGACCCAUCAGGACAUAACGAUGCAGCUCAGAAGAAGGAACCAAAUGCAUCUAGGGCAUUGCUUGCAAGACAUGAUCACCGUUGGCUUCAUCGACACCAAUUCUAUCGGCUGCGUUGCCUCGCAAGUUCUGCUUUACCUUUCUCUCAUUUUUAUCGUCGGAGUCGUCCUUAUCCGAUUCGCCAUGGCCGUCAUGUUCCAGUGGUUCUUCAGUCACAAGCUGGGUAACUUCCCGCGAGAAACUUACGAAGAGCGGAUGAAGCGGGCGGAAGAGAUUGAAAACUGGUCUGCAGAUAUCUACAAGCCUGCCCCAAGCGGAAUGAGGCCCAACGUUGCCGCAACCCCUGCGAAGAACGAGAAACGCAAAACCUUCUUGCCUAGCACGUCACGAUUCACACCAUCGGACGCUGUCGGUGGAAUUGCCGUUGCUGGGAAAGGUCGUCCAACUACGGCCUACGGGCAUCUUGGAAGUGACUCUGGGUCUACUUCUGGCAACAAACGUGGGACAAUGUAUGCCGGAUCGAUUGCUGGGAGCGGGAAGGGCGGGAACUCCACACCGCCAGAUAGACGUUCCAAAAGUCUUAUGUCUUGGAGCACACCCGAAUCUCCUGCCGCCCAUCCCCGCGGCGCAUUUGCCGAUAACCCAUGUCCCUUCCCGCUUGGCAAUGUUGUGCCACAACCACCUCCCGACUACGAGCCCUUCAACUUCCCCCUGGCCCACACGAUUUGUCUCGUAACAGCAUAUUCUGAGUCUGUCGAAGGUCUACGAACAACCCUCGAUUCCUUAGCGACAACCGAUUAUCCCAACUCCCACAAACUUAUUGUCAUCAUCGCCGAUGGAAUGGUCAAGGGAGCUGGGAACACUUUGACAACACCGGACAUCUGUUUGACCAUGAUGAAGGAGUUCAUUGUCUCUCCCGAGGAUGUGGAGGCGCAUUCCUAUGUCGCCAUUGCUGACGGCCAUCGGAGACAUAACAUGGCCAAGGUUUAUGCAGGUUUCUAUAGCUACGAUGAUGCAACCAUAGAGCGAUCCAAGCAACAACGUGUCCCUGUUGUUCUUGUGGCCAAAGUGGGGAAUCCGCUCGAGGCUUCAGACGCCAAACCUGGCAAUCGUGGCAAACGUGAUUCGCAAAUCGUGCUUAUGGCCUUCCUCCAAAAGGUCAUGUUCGAUGAACGGAUGACAACGUUUGAAUACGAGUUCUUCAACGCGGUUUGGAGAGUCGCCGGUGUCAGCCCAGAACGAUACGAAUUGGUGCUUUGUGUCGAUGCAGACACCAAAGUUUUCCCAGAUGCCAUGUCACGCAUGGUCAGCUGUAUGGUUUGCGAUACGGAGAUCAUGGGCUUGUGUGGCGAGACCAAGGUUGCAAACAAGGCUGAAACUUUCGUAACGAUGAUGCAGGUCUUCGAGUACUACAUCUCUCACCAUAUGACGAAGUCUUUCGAGUCUAUGUUUGGCGGUGUUACUUGUCUCCCCGGCUGCUUCAGCAUGUACCGAAUCAAGGCUCCGAAGGGCGAAUCCGGGUUCUGGGUGCCCAUUCUAGCAAACCCCGACAUUGUUGAGCAUUACUCGGAAAAUGUUGUGGACACCUUGCACAAGAAGAAUCUUCUUCUUUUGGGAGAGGAUCGAUAUCUUACGACGCUAAUGCUCAAGACUUUCCCGAAGCGGAAAAACAUGUUUUGUCCCCAGGCUGUUUGCAAGACGACAGUACCAGACACUUUCCGUAUCCUGCUAAGUCAACGUCGGCGAUGGAUCAAUUCGACAAUUCACAACCUUUCUGAGCUUAUCCUGGUCCGCGAUCUUUGUGGGACCUUCUGCUUCUCAAUGCAAUUUGUCGUUGGAAUGGAAUUGGCUGGGACCCUUGUGCUACCUGCAGCCAUUUCGUUCACAAUAUACCUGAUCGUCGCCUCCAUUAUUCCUGGUCACACUAACACCACCGUUCCGCUCGUUCUCCUUGCCUUUGUGCUUGGUAUUCCCCUUAUCCUCAUCGUCAUUACCUCACGCAAGAUCGCCUACAUUGGUUGGAUGUUAAUCUACCUAAUCUCGCUCCCGAUCUGGAACGGUAUCUUGCCCGCCUACGCAUUUUGGCAUUUCGACGACUUCUCCUGGGGUCAAACACGGAAAGUUGAUGGUGGUGCUAAGGACCAUACUGGAGACAAGGAGGGCGAAUUCGACUCGAGCCAUAUUGUCAUGAAACGUUGGGCUGAGUUCGAAAGGGAACGCAGAUGGAGAAGUGGCACAACAAGUCGUGAGGAUGACGACUAUCGCUGGAAGGCUGAAAGCAAUCGUUACUCGAUGGCAUCCAACUCUGACGGCUAUCAUCCUCCCUCUGGUGUCGAUUCUUCCACGGUGGAGAGCACGAACAACUACCUUGCAGCCCCUCGUGCACGAACCGAAAACAAUACUGUUCUUAUGCUCCCCACACCUCUGGCUGUAUCCCGCAACACAACACAUAGCGGAAGUAGCGGUCCAACCUCGUCUAGCUCUUCUGUCGCCAUCGCACGAUCAAGCGAAGAAGCAUUCGACGGCAAUUCUAGUGCCCAGCGACUUGUUUCUAGUCCACAAAACGCAAGUGUCGAUAUGUGGGUCGACUCCUUUGAUCCGCCUGCUGCUCCGUCAAAUUCCCGCUCGCCACCGCCCAGACCACCAAGGGAAAAUUACAGGAGAAGCUUGGAUGUCUCAAGCCCGCCUUCAAGUGCCAAUCCGUUCAUUCGUGGUGGGAGCCCGGCCAGCCCGGCGACUUAUGACGAACCUGAAAGCCUUGUGCGAUCUCCCGUUAGCGCAUAUGGCAUUCCACAGGGAAUGCGUGGGGUACAACUCACCGACAGCGGGCCAGUGCCGUCUGCUGACGGCGGAGUUCGUCGUGUUGCGAGGAAUUCACGUCGACCGACAUCGCAAGCCCCAGUUGGCGCUGGUGGACAGGGGCCAGCACCCCAACAACAACAACAACAACAGCAACAGUCUCCACAGAAUCGAUAUUCACGUAACUCGGUGGGCCCUGGUGCUAGUGCCGGCUGGAGUCUCCCGCCAGGAGCAGCCCCGCCACAACAGCAGUAUGGCGGGUACAACGGGCAGUGA